CGCUCACACACACACUACCGUUACGGUAGAAAUGCCCGUGAGGAAAACGAGAUCGGCCCCCCCCUCCCUUCAUCCCCACGAUUUUGGGUUCUGGGGCUUUUUUUCUUCUUUUUCUUUUGCGCGUUUCUGCUGCUUAGGUGCGGCUGAAGGGGGGAGGGUCGUUAACGGGGGUUAGCAAGCGAUGGGAUGAAGGGGGGGGGUAGACUAUCAGUCUGGGCGUUGAGAAGUGAUCCCGCGAGGGGUUUUUUUUUAUAGUUAUUACCGGUAUCAGACAGUGUGAUAUGAUACGAUAGGGGGUUUUACCAUGGAGAGGGGGAAGGGGUGAGCUGGAUAGGCUGGGGAUUAUUCUAGAUUUGGUGUUGUGCUCUACUGUGCUCUAGUCUAAAUUACUGUGCUCCGUCU